UGUGCCAGGAAGGCGUGUCUCCCAGGCGGAAGUGGGUGGGUGGGCGUGGCUUGUACCCAGGAAGUGCUGUGAGUCCCUGCAAGGCUCAGUGAGAGGUGAGUAUGACAGCAGUCAGUGUGAUUAUUGGGGUACAGACAGCAAUCAGUGUGAUUAUUGGGGUACAGACAGCAAUCAGUGUGAUUAUUGGGGUACAGACAGCAGUCAGUGUGAUUAUGGGGGUACAGCAGGGCUGCUCAGUGAGUAUGACAGCAGUCAGUGUGAUUAUUGGGGUACAGCAGGGCUGCUCAGUGAGUAUGACAGCAGUCAGUGUGAUUAUUGGGGUACAGCAGGGCUGCUCAGUGAGUAUGACAGCAGUCAGUGUGAUUAUGGGGGUACAGACAGCAGUCAGUGUGAUUAUUCGGGUACAGCAGGGCUGCUCAGUGAGUAUGACAGCAGUCAGUGUGAUUAUUGGGGUACAGCAGGGCUGCUCAGUGAGUAUGACAGCAGUCAGUGUGAUUAUUGGGGUACAGCAGGGCUACAGCAUCAGUGCUAUGAGUGAGUAUGACAGCAGUCAGUGUGAUUAUUGGGGUACAGUACAGCAGGCUGCUCAGUGAGUAUGACAGCAGUCAGUGUGAUUAUGGGGGUACAGCAUGGCUGCUCAGUGAGUAUGACAGCAGUCAGUGUGAUUAUGGGGGUACAGCAGGCUGCUCAGGGAGUAUGACAGCAGUCAGUGUGAUUAUGGGGGUACAGCAGGGCUGCUCAGUGAGUAUGACAGCAGUCAGUGUGAUUAUUGGGGUACAGACAGCAGUCAGUGUGAUUAUUGGGGUACAGACAACAGUCAGUGUGAUUAUUGGGGUACAGCAGGGCUGCUCAGUGAGUAUGACAGCAGUCAGUGUGAUUAUUGGGGUACAGACAGCAGUCAGUGUGAUUAUUGGGGUACAGCAGGGCUGCUCAGUGAGUAUGACAGCAGUCAGUGUGAUUAUUGGGGUACAGCAGGGCUGCUCAGUGAGUAUGACAGCAGUCAGUGUGAUUAUUGGGGUACAGCAGGGCUGCUCAGUGAGUAUGACAGCAGUCAGUGUGAUUAUGGGGGUACAGCAGGGUUGCUCAGUGAGUAUGACAGCAGUCAGUGUGAUUAUGGGGGUACAGCAGGGCUGCUCAGUGAGUAUGACAGCAGUCAGUGUGAUUAUGGGGGUACAGCAGGGCUGCUCAGUGAGUAUGACAGCAGUCAGUGUGAUUAUUGGGGUACAGACAGCAGUCAGUGUGAUUAUUGGGGUACAGACAACAGUCAGUGUGAUUAUUGGGGUACAGCAGGGCUGCUCAGUGAGUAUGACAGCAGUCAGUGUGAUUAUUGGGGUACAGACAGCAGUCAGUGUGAUUAUUGGGGUACAGCAGGGCUGCUCAGUGAGUAUGACAGCAGUCAGUGUGAUUAUGGGGGUGUAGCAGGGCUGCUCAGUGAGGAUGACAGCAGUCAGUGUGAUUAUGGGGGUGCAGCAGGGCUGCUCAGUGAGUAUAACAGCAGUCAGUGUGAUUAUUGGGGUGCAGCAGGGCUGCUCAGUGAGUAUGACAGCAGUCAGUGUGAUUAUGGGGGUGCAGCAGGGCUGCUCAGUGAGUAUGACAGCAGUCAGUGUGAUUAUGGGGGUACAGCAGGGCUGCUCAGUGAGUAUGACAGCAGUCAGUGUGAUUAUGGGGGUGCAGCAGGGCUGCUCAGUGAGUAUGACAGCAGUCAGUGUGAUUAUUGGGGUGCAGCAGGGCUGCUCAGUGAGUAUGACAGCAGUCAGUGUGAUUAUGGGGGUGCAGCAGGGCUGCUCAGUGAGUAUGACAGCAGUCAGUGUGAUCAGUGUGAUUAUGGGGGUACAGCAGGGCUGCUCAGUGAGUAUGACAGCAGUCAGUGUGAUUAUGGGGGUGCAGCAGGGCUGCUCAGUGAGUAUGACAGCAGUCAGUGUGAUUAUGGGGGUGCAGCAGGGCUGCUCAGUGAGGAUGACAGCAGUCAGUGUGAUUAUGGGGGUGCAGCAGGGCUGCUCAGUGAGGAUGACAGCAGUCAGUGUGAUUAUGGGGGUUCAGCAGGGCUGCUCAGUGAGUAUGACAGCAGUCAGUGUGAUUAUGGGGGUGCAGCAGGGCUGCUCAGUGAGUAUGACAGCAGUCAGUGUGAUUAUGGGGGUGCAGCAGGGCUGCUCAGUGAGUAUGACAGCAGUCAGUGUGAUUAUGGGGGUGCAGCAGGGCUGCUCAGUGAGGAUGACAGCAGUCAGUGUGAUUAUGGGGGUGCAGCAGGGCUGCUCAGUGAGGAUGACAGCAGUCAGUGUGAUUAUGGGGGUACAGCAGGGCUGCUCAGUGAGUAUGACAGCAGUCAGUGUGAUUAUGGGGGUGCAGCAGGGCUGCUCAGUGAGUAUAACAGCAGUCAGUGUGAUUAUUGGGGUGCAGCAGGGCUGCUCAGUGAGUAUGACAGCAGUCAGUGUGAUUAUGGGGGUGCAGCAGGGCUGCUCAGUGAGUAUGACAGCAGUCAGUGUGAUUAUGGGGGUACAGCAGGGCUGCUCAGUGAGUAUGACAGCAGUCAGUGUGAUUAUGGGGGUGCAGCAGGGCUGCUCAGUGAGUAUGACAGCAGUCAGUGUGAUUAUGGGGGUGCAGCAGGGCUGCUCAGUGAGGAUGACAGCAGUCAGUGUGAUUAUGGGGGUGCAGCAGGGCUGCUCAGUGAGGAUGACAGCAGUCAGUGUGAUUGUGGGGGUGCAGCAGGGCUGCUCAGUGAGUAUGACAGCAGUCAGUGUGAUUAUGGGGGUACAGCAGGGCUGCUCAGUGAGUAUGACAGCAGUCAGUGUGAUUAUGGGGGUUCAGCAGGGCUGCUCAAUGAGUGACCUCCAUGGGUGGGGGGACAGGGAAUUCAAUGUUUAUUUUAAUAUAGUGCUCUAAUUGUUAAUGGUCUGUUCAGCCACUCACUGACAAUGUGAAGACACACUAUAAAGACUCAGUUAUUAAGUGUUAUUGCAUAGCAAGACCACUUACUGUUAUCUCACAUAUAUAUAUUAUUCUUAUUAUAGCCAAAUUUACCCCCCUAACUCCUCCCACAGUUUUUACAUUACAUAGACAGAAAUAUACCGUGCGGAUUGUUCCCGAUUAGAUUGCUAUUACUUUGUGGAACGUUUCGCCGAAUGGUUCACGGAAUAUCGUCGUUCUUGUGGCGAAAUUGGUCCCAUAGGAAUGAAUGGCAAAAUGUUCAAAACUAGAGUGGGAGCUGGCAAAAGCUGAAAAAUCAGGACAUGAUUUCUAAACUGCCACCACUCCCUCAUUGUCAAGCCCACCUACACAAAUCUUAUAUCAAAACGUUCAGCUAUCCCUGCUGCCACUAACAAUGUCCACGGCCGUAGUCCUGAUAGUUUUCACACUAUGACCAUUUGUUUGAAACUCACACCGUCCAUUGACAUUCAUUGAAACUUCACUCUAGCCAGCUCAAAUUUGAAGGGCAAUUUCUAAACUGCGACUGUGCCUUCAUUGUUAAUACUUUAGAGACAUACUAUGCAUCAAAAUGUAGGUCUGGGUCUUGUGAUUCUCACAAUAUAAAGCUCUUCGCUGUAGGAUUUAUAGUUUUCAAAAUAUGACCGUUUUAAGAUGGCAACCGCCAAAAUACUCUGACCUGUGCCAGGCUGGAGCAGCAAGUGAUGUCAUAGACAGGGCCUUUUGUACACCUGCUAAUGUUUUUAUAAAUGUAUGUUUUAAUGUAACUGUGAAGCACUUUGGGCAACAACGUUGCAAUUAAAUGUGCUAUUCAAAUAAAUAAUAAGUUACUCCGCCCACUCCAGUUGUAGACUUCUGGUGGAGGCAAGAACACUUCACACAAUUUCCCCAGAAAUUGUAGCUUUUCUAGUUAUUAUUAUUAUUAUUACUGGUGUUUAUAUAGCGCCAGCAUAUUCUGUAGCACUUUACAAUAUUAUCAAAUGGGGAGUUUUAACAAUAAAUGAGACAAUUACAAAAACUUACAGGAACAAUAGGUUGAAGAGGACCCUGCUCAAAAAGCUUACAUUCUAUAGGAGGUAGGGUGUAAAACACAACAGGACAGGAGGUAGGCACACACAGAAUCUGCCCAGAAAUGCAGUAUGUGUAUAUAUCAUGAUUGGGGUGGACACAUUGGUGAAUAAUGUAGUACAAGGGUGGGCCCAGCUUUUGAAAACACUGUAGAAAGUGUCAUUUUAUUACAACAUGUGGGGACCUAACUUUUCGCUAUGCCUGAUAUAGGACCUUUGUUGCAGUGGUAGUAGUUUUUCGACAUGAGACUCUGCCACUGGUGAAGCUGGCUAAGAAGCAGAGGAGAGGUAGUUCAGAAAAGUUGAGUGAGCAUACACGCUGCACUACGACUGUCAAACAGGUUCAUACCGAAAUCAAAGCAUUGACCCAGGGCAUGCUGGUGUGAUACUUACAUUGGCAUCUUUUGAUAUCAGUCUUUUUAUAUGAGCAAAGCUAUUUGUACGUGGUGCUCAGUAUUUUUUGUCAACUGCAUUUUUCAACUUGGCAAACUCUUUUACGUUCUGUUGGACGUGGACUGUGGUUUUUAAUCAAAGUAGCAAACAUAAAAAACAGGUGAAAACUUAGGAGCAGUGGCCAUGGCACCUGUAGGAUUUUUUUGGUUUUUGCCUUUUAUUGAUAGUAUAUCAACAUAAUACUGUAUGUUAUCCUGCAUUCACUUUUUUCACCUUUAUUUAUCCCUCCAGAUGACGAUCCAUAACCUGUACAUAUUUGACAGGAAUGGCAUUUGCCUUCACUACAGUGAAUGGAAUCGAAAGAAACAGGCUGGAAUCUCAAAAGAUGAGGUGAUGUUCCACAGUGGGCUGGAGAGGAGUAGAUGUAAAUAGCCUUAUUUAAAAAAAUUCAGCAUUUCAUUUUCUAAAUCUUUAUUUGUGGAGAAUUUUCUAGAGGAUUGCAUUAAAGGACCACUAUAGACACCCAUACCACUUCAAUGAAGUGGUUUGGGUGCCAGGUCCCUCUAGUUUUAACCCUGCAGCUGAAAACAUAGCAGUUUCAGAGAAACUGGUAUGUUUACACUGCAAGGUUAAUCCAGCCUCUAGUGGCUGCCUCCCUGACAGCCACUGGAGGCUUUACCGCGAUUUAAAUCUCACUUAUUUGACGCUGGAUGUUCUCAACGACCUCCAGUGUCAGAAAAUAUCCCCAAAGGAAAGCAUUGAGUAAUGCUUUCCUAUUGGCGGGCUUGAAUGCGCGCGUGCCUCUGGCCACGCAUGCGCAUUCAGCUCCACUCGGGAGCGGACGUUGAUGGAGGAGGAGAGGUCACCAGUGCUGAGGGAGCCUGGUGCUGGAUUAAGUUAAGCAAAUGAAUGGGGCAUUAAUCACCGUUUAGGUGAUUAAGGCUCUAUAGCGUUAGAAAUACAUAUUUGUAUUCCUAACUCUCUAAUGUUCCUUUAAGAACUGAGAAAAGCCUCAUAGGUUUCACUAUGGAUACUUCUCAUUCAGAUGACAAAUGCGUUUAGCUCACUUGUACCUUUUGCACAUAAGACUAGUUUAAUAUAUUUCACAAAUAGAUUAUUGUCUUCAGUUUCAUGCUAAGAGUCUUUGUUAUCUUGUCUUAACCCCUUAAGGACACAUGACAUGUGUGGCAUGUCAUGAUUCCCUUUUAUUCCAGAAGUUUGGUCCUUAAGGGGUUAAAGUGGCUCGGUCAACUCAAAUGCAAGCUUUUUCCUAUUGUUUCUUCUUCUUUUCCUUUUUCAGAAUCUGAUCCUUUUUUUUUUUUAUUUCUCUUUCUUUAAAAUGUGAGACAGAGUAGGGAUAUCUCUACUAUCUUGACAAAGGAAGUGGAGCUUUUUAUGCCUAAAGAUGUCACAUUUGGCAAGCAUAGAAUAAAUGCAUAAGUCAGAGUAGUCCCUACUUUGUUUUAUGUUUUUAAAGAGAAAUAGUUAAGAAAAGAUGGAUUCUGAAAGAGGAAGAUAAGAGGAAACAAUAGGAGAAAUGUGAGGUGACACAGCCACCGUAACCUAAUUGUGUUAUUUUCUUCUGCUUUUCCUGAUAUCUUCUGUGACCAAAGUUAUUACACUACCACUUCUUUUUUUUUUUUUCUGGGCAAAUCCCAUUCUUCUAAUCCGUUCCCUUGUUCCUUGUACGUUCUUUGCUUCCAGGAGUACAAGCUCAUGUACGGAAUGCUUUUCUCUAUCCGAUCUUUUGUGAGCAAGAUGAGUCCAGUUGACAUGUAUCCUUUGACUCUGUUGGACCACACAUUGAUCCUCACCCUGGGGGUGUGUGGAGAGAAUUAAAUAGCAGCCAAGCUGAUAUACACAAAGUAAUGAGGGAAUCCUAAUGUUUAGUACCAUGGGAUAAGAAAAAAAAUAUUGUGCUGUUCUUUAACCCAUUGUGCACAGGAAAGAGGGCUUCCUCUCCUUUCAAACCAGCAAGUAUAAGCUACAUUAUUAUGAAACACCAAGUGGCUUGAAGAUGAUCAUGAACACAGAUCUUAGUGUGGGGAGCAUUCGAGAUAUCAUGCAUCAGAUAUACAGCACGGUGAGUGGCAAUCCAUUAGAACACUGUCAUUUUAGAAUAACCAGAAGGUUAGGAGCAUAAGUGGUGAUGUUUAAAGUGUCUCUUUGAAGCACAUUCAGACUUUUGGUCAGUGCUGUUUCAUAGGACAGGCCUAGCUUGAGGAUAAAAGUAAUAAACAUUUCUUUUUUUCCUCUCUCAGAUAUAUGUAGAAUACGUUGUGAAAAAUUCUCUCUGUUCUAUGAGUGAACCGAUUCAAAGCGAACUUUUCAAAUCCAAACUGGACUCUUUUAUCAGAAGCCUUCCUUUCUUCUCUGCUCGAGCUGGCUAAAGGAGACAUGGAUUUUACUACACACUUCAUAUUCAUGCCUCAGUCCACAUUAUUUCCUUAUGUUUCAUUCACAUUCUUCUGACUCACACAGUAAAUAAGAGAAUUCCUAGUCUAUUUCUUUUCUAGGAAGCUCUGGAAACUGCAAGGUUAGUUUAUAAAUAUAUGGACAUUAUCAAAAACCCUCCCUGUUUAUUAAAAUAUAGAAGAUUACUGAGAUUCUUCAAUUAAUACAUGGGAAAAAAAUCUUUGUGUUGUUUUUGUUUGUGUUUAUUUUGAAAUUGACAAGAUUCGAUUCUUAUUGAUUUUUUUCCAUCACUGGUACAGCCGGGAUUGCGUGUCUUUCAAAACAUUAGAAUCAAGACAGGAGGAGGAACAGAAGACAGAUGAGCAAGAUGGGGGGUUGUUUAAAACAAUUUCAGUCGCUGGUGGCUUCUAUUAGCAUAUGUGCUCCCCAAAAAUCCCUACCCUGCACCCUCACUUGUGUAUAGCUCUGCAGAAGCACUCCUGUAUGGGCAGAAACGUUCUUUGGAGAGGUUUUUUUCUGAUGUCCACAGAAGAAUACUCGAUUUGCUGAUCAUAGAGGAUUUAAUUUUUAUUUAUUUUUCUUAUUUCCACCCUAUGCUUUCUCUGAGGGUUUUUAUAUAUAAUCAGGGCCCAGCAGCCAAACUGAGUUUAUAUAUAAAUUAUGUUUGCAGUACUAUAUAGGUAACAGCACUGUCAGUGUCUCAAAUGGGUUUCGCGUGAAAAUGGCGUUGAAAUGGUUUUCAGAAUUUCAAUGACACAAACAAUUCUACAGAAUGUUUCUAUUUACAAAUGAGAACAUUGUAGGACUAGGCAGUAGGUACAAGCUGAUAUUUCACAAACAUGUUUCUGCCCCUGCAAUUGUGUGGAAAUGUCGAGACUUCCCCUUUAACAAGUACUGUAUUAAUUUGACCCAAAAUAUAUGGCAAUUUAUGUACUUAGUAUACCCAUACUUCGGACUGACAUACUUGAAGCCAUGUCAGAUAAGCUGUUGCUGCACCCUUUGAUGAUAAUUAGGCUGUAUACAUCUGUUUGGCUGGUUGUGAAUUAAAAACAGUAUAUGAAUAACUAAAGUCUGAAUUACG